AUGCAGAGCCCAUCGCAGAACGAAGCACUGAAAGCUGUCGUGGUGUACAUCCACGGAGGAUGUUUCACUGGAGGAAGCGGUGCUAUAAGUGAGCCUCGCUACUUCGUGGACAACGACGUUGUAUUUGUCAGUAUAAAUUAUCGCCUAGGAUUGCUAGGUUUCCUCAGCACGGGAGAUGAAGUCUUCCCUGGAAAUACGGGCCUCAAGGAUCAAGUGGAGGCUCUGAGGUGGGUGCAGAGGAACAUAGCGGCGUUUGGCGGCGAUCCAGAGAGAGUGACUAUCUUAGGCCAAAGCGCAGGAGGAGCUUCCAUUCACUACCACGUCCUAUCUCCACUUAGCAAAGGUCUCUUUAAGAACGCCAUAGCAAUGAGCGGGUCAGCGCUGAACCCCUGGGCUUUCUCCAAAAACGCAACAGACAGAGCAAUACGCUUCGCGAACUACUUGGGAUAUUCGGGGCAGAACUCCUCAGAUCUCGUAGACUUUCUCAAAACCGUGGAUGGACGCACCCUCGCACAAGACAGUGACAAAGCUCUGUCAGAGGAGAUUUUGAGUGAUGCCUGA